AGUAGAGAGGAAGGCCGGAGCAGAGCGCAGGAGGAAACAGGCAAUCCCCGGCCCGGCGGGCUCCUGGGUCGCCAUGGAGUCCACGCUGGGCGCGGGCAUCGCGAUGGCUGAGGCGCUGCAGACCCAGCUGCCCUGGCUGGAGAACGUGUGGCUCUGGGUCACCUUUCUGGGCGAUCCCAAGAUCCUCUUUCUGUUCUACUUCCCCGCGGCCUACUACACCUCUCGCCGCGUGGGCAUCGCAGUGCUGUGGAUCAGCCUCAUCGCCGAGUGGCUCAACCUCGUCUUCAAGUGGUUUCUGUUUGGAGACAGGCCCUUUUGGUGGGUCCAUGAAUCUGGGUACUACAAUCAGGCACCAGCCCAGGUUCACCAGUUCCCCUCUUCUUGUGAAACUGGCCCAGGCAGCCCUUCUGGACACUGCAUGAUCACGGGAGCAGCCCUCUGGCCCAUAAUGACAGCCCUGUCUUCCCAAGUGGCCGCUCGGGCCCGCAGCCGCUGGUUAAGGGUGAUGCCUAGCCUGGCUUACUGCACCUUCCUAUUGGCAGUCGGCCUAUCCCGGGUCUUCAUCUUAGCACAUUUCCCUCACCAGGUGUUGGCUGGCCUGAUAACUGGUGCUGUCCUGGGCUGGCUGAUGGCUCCCCGGGUGCCCAUGGAGCGGGAGCUAAGCUUCUAUGGUUUGACUGCACUAGUCCUCAUGCUGGGCGCCAGUCUCAUCUAUUGGACCCUCUUUACACUGGGCCUGGAUCUUUCCUGGUCCAUCAGCUUAGCCUCCAAGUGGUGUGAGCGGCCCGAAUGGGUGCAUGUGGACAGCCGGCCCUUUGCCUCCCUGAGCCGUGACUCAGGGGCUGCCCUGGGUCUGGGCAUUGCCCUGCACUCUCCCUGCUAUGCCCAGGUACGACGGGCACACCUGGGGAAUGGCCAGAAGAUAGCCUGCUUUGUGCUGGCCAUAGGGCUGCUGGGCCCCUUGGACUGGAUGGGCCACCCCCCUCAGAUCAGCCUCUUUUACAUCUUCAAUUUCCUCAAGUACACCCUCUGGCCAUGCCUCGUCCUGGCCCUUGUGCCCUGGGCAGUGCAAAUGUUUGGUGCCCAGGAAGUACCACCCAUCCGCUCUUCCUGACUUCUCAUGCCUCCUUCUGGCACUUCUCCUCCACAAAGCCAACACUGCGUGACACUCCAGGAAGCAGCCCCAUCCCCUUCCAGCCCCCAAACAGAACCUGCUCUCCCUGAAUUUCCUGCUUCUCCCACCACCUGGUCUUAGCCCCAAAGAAGGGCCUUCUCUCUCCCAAAGAGCCUAGUCCUCCUGCCUUUCCUCCCAAGUCCCUAAAGAGCAAAGGCAACAGCAAGACCAGCAGAUCGAUGUAACACUGUGAGGGGCGGCUCAGGGUGGCGCCAAUAAAACCCUUCCGUACUUCUGGA